GGGGCUGGAGCCGGCGGCGGGCAGAUGGCGGAGUGUGGGCCGCAGCCCCCUGGGGGUGGGAGCGGGAGCGGGAGCGGGGCUGCGGGGGCGCCGAGCCGGCAUGAGAAGAGCCUGGGGCUACUGACCACCAAAUUUGUUUCGCUGCUGCAGGAGGCCAAGGACGGCGUGCUCGAUCUCAAGCUGGCUGCAGAUACGUUGGCAGUGCGGCAGAAACGACGAAUAUACGAUAUCACAAACGUCCUGGAAGGCAUUGGGCUGAUCGAGAAGAAAUCGAAGAACAGUAUCCAAUGGAAAGGGGUGGGUCCUGGCUGCAACACACGUGAAAUAGCUCACAAACUUAUCGAGCUGAAGGCAGAUAUAGAAGACCUGGAGCAGCGGGAACAGGAGCUGGAGCAGCAGAAGAUGUGGGUCCAACAGAGCAUCAAAAAUGUUACAGAAGACGUGCAGAACAGUCGAUUAGCAUAUGUGACGCAUGAAGAUAUCUGCAAGUGCUUCACAGGAGAUACCCUCCUUGCAAUUCGAGCCCCGUCAGGCACGCGUUUAGAGGUUCCCAUCCCUGAGGGCAUGAAUGGGCAGAAGAAAUAUCAGAUCCAUCUGAAGAGCACAAGUGGUCCAAUUGAUGUCCUCUUAGUAAACAAAGAUGCUUGGAGUUCUCCUCCCGUAGUGCUACCUGUCCCUCCCCCUGAAGACCUCAUUCAGUGCCAGCCAGUUAUGCCCUCAAAACCACAGAUACCACCGCUUGCCCACUUCCAUGAGGCAUCUGUUCCCAGCAGCACCCAGCCCUCCACACCAACACCUACCAGCACUCAGGACCACAGCCCUCCCACACAGAAAGCUACUAGCACAGAAUGCAGUGUGUCAGUGGCAGAGUCCAAGAACAGUGGUGACUUUGACCCUCUCAGCUCUAUGUCUGCACCGGCCAGCCAGACAGCUGGGUUAGAUACUCAGCCACUGCAGUCUUCUGCCUCACUGGACAGUGGCUCCAUCCUAACCAACCCCUCUACCUCCUUUGAGCCGAUCAAACCAGAUUCCACAGGAAUACUGGAACUUCCCAAAGAGCUCUCGGAGAUGUUUGAUCCAACAAGAGAAUGUAUGAACUCUGAGUUACUGGAAGAGCUGAUGUCAUCUGAAGUGUUUGCCCCGUUGCUCCGCCUCUCUCCUCCUCCUGGAGAUCAUGACUACAUCUAUAACCUGGAUGAGAGUGAAGGCGUCUGUGACCUCUUUGAUGUGCCUGUCCUCAACCUCUGACUUCUCAGUGUGGCUGUGAGCCUCUCAAACACAGACCAUUUUGUAACUCUUUGGAAAGUGUCUAUUUUUGGAUUCCUUUUGUGCUAGAGCUCGAUGAGUGAGCAAUGCAGAGAUGCUUUCAUAUGGACUCAAAACCAAGAGAUGUGGACUUGCAGGCUGGGAGCCUCCCUGUAGCUUCUUUUUCUCCCUGUGUUGCACAUGCGAGGUUUUUGACUUAACUCGUUCCGCUGUAUCCUUGUCUCUCCACUGGAUCCUGGGCCUCAAUUCAAAGGGUCUAUGUUUGAGUGUUCCCAGUUCAGCUGUAGAGUUUGCCCAUGUGCCUAUCCAAGCUUCCUCAAAUCUGCAUGUCUUGGAUUUCCUGCAAUCCUAGAUGCACUUUGCACCUCCUAGGUACCAGCUGCUACAAGGAGCCUUAGUAUUGUGGUCAGUUCACAAGCCCGGAGGUAGUUAGCUAGAUUUUCAGUGUGAGCGGUUCAGAUUGGAGUGGUUAUGUUUUGAAUGAGAACGGGGGAAAAAAUAUGGCACCAAAGUGUCCAUUUCUUCCAGUGAUUCCAAACCAAGUUAAUAUGUUUUACAAGUAAAAAGCACUUUUUUUUAGCCAGCUGUGCCUCCUAGUAGGAGCCAGGAGUUCGGCGAGUGUUUCCCUGCUUGUUUGUCGGCAGGAAUACUGUUUCUGCAGUGGUAUAGUUCACCGCUUUGCUCAUGCACAAGCCCAGAGGGUCCAACUUCUUGGGCAGCAAGUGUGCUGCUUCUACAGGGCUAAAAGAAGGAGUGCCAUUUUUUUUUUCUGAGUGGAGAGAUGUUUGAAAGAACAGACUGCUUCAGUUGUUGUCUGUAAGGUACUCUAGGUAGAUCAGAGCCUGCUCACAUUUGCAAAUAGCUGUAUUUUCCAACCAUUGCACUUGAGCCUUCAGCUGUCUAAAAGGCAACCAGACAGUAAUAAUUUAGUAGUAUUUUGCUGUGACAAGUUACAUAGAUGUUGUCAGAACAGACAGUAGGGUUUUUUUUUCCCUUUUACUCUCUUAUCAUCUGCUCAGGAUCAGACUUUCUGUAUAUUUGAAUUUGCUCCUCCAGUGUCCGUACCCGUGCUCCUGAUUCCUGAUCCUGUGGCAGGUUGCUGCCUAGCAUGAUGCUUUCUCUGCAUCAUUUUUUUCCAAGCUUUUCUUCAUUGCUUUGUAAUGGAAGGUCUGCUGUAGGGUCUUUAUGGUGAUCAGGUGAUACCAGUCUUGGAUCCUAUACAUUUUAGUUGUUGGAGUAAAAAGCCCUCAUGGGCUUGUGGUAUUUUGCAACCCCCUGCCUAGGUCUUUGGGCAUAUCCUGUAUUUGAAUGUCUUAGUUUUGUAUAUCUUCCUGCCAUUGCAGUGGUAGCAGCUGUCAUAUCUUCCCUGUUCAGCAAACUGCCAGAGAGGGAGCUGGACCAGGAAGCAUAGCUUGCCAUUGCAGGGAGGUAGCUCUCAGCCAGCCAUGUGACCAGUUGAUGUUUUACUUCUCUGCUCAGCUGCCUACUAUAUGCAAACCACAAAACCUGCUGUGGUUCUGUGUGCUGUCAUAUUUUUUUGUGGGAGUCCUCCGGAAGAAUCGUUCCUUUCCUUGGGAAGCUCGUGGCGGCUGAGUUUUGCUGUGAAGUACCGGCAUCCUCUUCGGAAAAGUGUGAAUUCAGUAGGAACAGACACUACUGGGCCUUUUCUGGUUCAGCUGCCAGCAGUGGGCAGCCAGUGCUGAUGAGACAGAUUGUGUGGGACCCCAUGUGAACUUCAGUCACAGUUCACCCCAGUGAACUUCAGUCUGCAUGCACCAGAUCAUAAACCUUCCCUCCUUUUGCAUGGAAGCUACCUGAAGACUGUUGGUCCUCCAUGUGUGUUAGCUAGGCUCCAUGGCUUUCGUGUAGCUAGAGCUCUUGGUGUACUGCCUGACCUGUGCUCUCCUUCGAAGUGUUAAUGUUUGCCAUCAGUUAGACAAUGUUUGGAAAAGAUAUCUAGAGAAACUUUACAGUAACAAAUGAACUUUGAUUCAUAUAUAAAGAUUAUUUUUAUACUUUUUGCAAGGAAAGAAAAUUGCUGUGAUAUUUGUACAGUGUUCUCCAAGUGAAUAAACAACCCCUUUCCAGAGCUUCCUCUCUGUUCCUCUGCCUUUCUGGGCCUAGCACCUCAGGGUUC